GCGUCACGGUCCAGCGUCAAGCUGUUGACAUCAACGUGUCGAUUCACCGAUGAGAGAGUUGAGUAGCAAGUAGAAGUAGUCGUCACGUUCUUCUUGGAGAAGUGGGACCCGGUAGAGAUGUCUUCUGUUUGGUCAAACAGUAAAAGCAAAAAUUUUCUCGAAGACACUAAUGUGAGUGGUUUUGAUGACGAUGAAGAAGUUGUAACGGCCGCUGAGGUGUACAGAGAACUUGAACAGACGUGGAUGAACGAGAAACUUGCUCCUGAGCUACUGCCACCUAAGAGUGAAGUUGUGGAAUGCAUGAUGGAACAAGUGAAAGUGAUGGAGGAGAACAUCAAUAGUGUGAAAAAGGGCGACUUUGUUGCCAGCUUGCAUCAGUUGGAAGUGGAAAGAAUACGCUAUCUAUUGGCAAGUUAUUUGAGAACUCGUCUGAAAAAGAUCGAGCAGUAUGUCUUCAGUCUGUUGGAAGAGGAAGAUCGUCGAAGUGAUGAGCAACCAUGUAGACUCUCUAGUGAAGAACUGACAUACGCAAAGGAGUAUUGCAACAACGUCGAGUCUCACAUGAGUUCACUUGUACUACAACAUAUGCCUGCUAACCUUCAGUCUUUGAAUAGAGAGAAAGUUGCUGUACGACCCAAUAUGGACAGUUAUGUGUUCUUGAAGGUGCGACGUCGAUGUGAAGGAGUCCUUGUCGAUGAUGAAGACGAAGAAGCUGCAGAUCUCGAAGAAGGCAGUCAGCACUUGAUGAGAUAUAAACCUAUUGCAAUGCUAAUAGCAAACGAUUCAAUAUCAUUGAUAUAAUGGCUUUAAUUAACAAGGUAAAUUUUUUUACAAAAUAACAGCACAAUACAGUGUCGAAAAAGUGGUCGUCAAGUUGUCAUUUGACGACU